AAGCUAUGUUUACUCAAAUGUCUGCAGCCUGACAACAUGGCUAUAUCAAGAAAUACGUCCGUAUAAGUUAACUCCGCCGAAUCUGUUAUAAAAGUGAAGCAUGCAGCUAAAGUAUCUGAAGACUCUUCUGACUCCUCAGGAUGGAGCUGCGAAAGUCACCUGUAUGGCUUGGGCUCCUAACAAUACAAAGUUUGCAGUGUGCACUAUUGAUAGAGUGGUUAUAUUGUAUGAUGAGCAGGGAGAGAAAAAAGACAGAUUUACUACAAAGCCUGCAGACCCCAAAUAUGGAAAGAAAACCUAUGUGGUCAAGUCCAUGGCAUUUUCUCCUGAUUCAACCAAGAUAGCAGUGGCUCAAACAGACAACAUCAUAUAUGUUUACAAAAUUGGAGAGGAGUGGGGAGAUAAAAAGGUUAUUUGCAACAAAUUCAUUCAAACAAGUGCUGUAACAUGUCUGGUUUGGACAUCAGAGCAUGCAAUAAUAUUUGGACUAGCAGAGGGAAAAGUUCGUCAAGCCAAUACAAAAACAAGCAAGUCCUCCACAAUUUAUGGAACAGACUCUUACGUUGUCUCACUAACGACAAAUGUCUCAGGGAAGGGAAUCCUCUCGGGCCAUGCAGAUGGAACGGUUGUUCGCUACUUCGUUGAUGAUGAAGGAUCUGGGGAAUCUCAGGGCAAACUGUUGACUCAUGCAUGCCCACCGUACGCCCUGGCAUGGGGCACCAACAGCAUAAUUGUGGCGGGAUGCGAUAAGAAGAUUGUGGCCUAUGGAAAGGAGGGCCACGUGCUUCAGACAUUUGACUACAGCAGAGAUCGCUCCGAAAAGGAAUUCACAGUGGCAGCAUGUAGCCCCAGUGGCCAGUCCAUAGUCGUAGGAAGCUAUGACAGGUUGCGAGUUUUCAAUUGGAGUCCUCGAAAAGGCGUCUGGGAUGAAGCUUCUCCCAAAGAGAUUCCAAACCUGUACACCAUCACAGCUCUGUCCUGGAAGAAAGACGGCUCUCGGCUUUCUGUGGGCACACUGUGUGGAGGAGUCGAGUUGUUUGACUGCUGUCUUCGGAGGAGUAUUUACAAGAACAAAUUUGAGAUGACAUACGUAGGACUAAGUCAAGUUAUUGUGAAGAAUUUGUCCACUGGCACACGAGUAGUGCUGAAAUCUCAGUAUGGUUAUGAGAUAGAUGAGGUGAAAGUCAUGGGGAAGGAUCGAUAUCUUGUGGCUCACACCUCUGACACACUGCUGCUGGGUGACCUGGUGUUCAACAAACUAAGUGAGGUGGCGUGGCAGGGGUCCGGGGGAAAUGAAAAGUUUUUCUUUGAAAAUGAAACGGUGUGCAUGAUUUUCAAUGCUGGAGAGCUGGCGCUGGUGGAAUAUGGAAGCAAUGAAAUCCUGGGAUCUGUUCGGACGGAGUUUAUGAACCCACACCUUAUCAGUGUGCGUCUGAAUGAGAGAAGGCAGAGGGGAGUGGAGGACAACAAAAAGUUGGCUUACCUCAUUGACAUCAAAACUAUUGCCAUUGUGGACCUGGUGGGUGGGUAUAAUCUGGGCACUAUAAGCCAUGACUCCAAGAUAGACUGGCUGGAGCUGAAUGAAACGGGGCGUAAACUGCUUUUUAGGGACAAGAAACUCAGGCUCCACCUGUAUGACAUUGCGAGUAGCAUGAAGAACACCAUGCUGAGUUUCUGUCCUUAUGUUCAGUGGGUACCGGGUAGUGAUGUAGUUGUGGCCCAGAACAGAGGAAACCUGUGCGUUUGGUACACCAUCGACAGCCCGGAGAGGGUCACAAUGUUUCCCCUCAAGGGCGACAUUGUAGAUCUGGAGAGAUCCAAUGGCAAAACUGAAGUCAUUGUGACUGAAGGGGUUAACUCUGUCUCCUACACUCUGGAUGAAGGGCUGAUUGAAUUUGGCACAGCCAUUGAUGAUGGUGACUAUUACAGAGCUACAGCAUUCCUAGAGACCCUGGAGAUGUCGGCAGAGACAGAGGCCAUGUGGAAAACUCUGAGCAAACUCUCCCUAGAGGCACAACAGCUCCACAUUGCUGAGAGGUGUUUUGCAGCCCUUGGGGAUGUGUCCAAAGCCAGAUUUCUAAAUGAGACCAACAAAAUUGCAGAUGCAGUCUCAAAGGAAUAUGGUGGUGAUGGUACAGACCACUACCAGGUGAAAGCACGACUGGCCAUGUUGGAUAAGAACUUUAAACUUGCAGAGAUGUAUUACAUGGAACAGAAUGCAGUGGAUGAAGUGAUGGAAAUGUACCAGGAGCUUCACAUGUGGGAUGAAUGUAUUGCAGUGGCAGAGGCAAAGGGCCACCCAGAGUUGGACAAUUUGAGACACAGUUACUAUUCUUACCUAAUGGAGACUAAUCAGAAUGAGAAAGCUGGUGAAGUAAAGGAGAAUGAAGAAGACUUCACUGGUGCUGUUAACCUCUACCUGAAAGCAGGACUUCCUGCCAAAGCUGCUUGGUUGGCCAUGAGCAGAGACGAGCUCUUAUCAAGCCAUGACAUCAUCAGCCGUAUCACUGCUGCACUCAUCAAAGGAGAGUUUUAUGAGAGGGCAGGCGACCUGUUUGAAAGGACAAGAAAUAAUCAAAGAGCCUUGGAGUGCUACCGCAAGGGAAAUGCUUUUAAGAAAGCGGUGGAUCUGGCUCGCGUUGCCUUUCCUGCAGAAGUUGUAAAGCUGGAGGAAGUGUGGGGUGACUACCUAGUGCAGCAGAAACAAAUGGAUGCUGCUAUCAACCACUACAUAGAAGCUGGACGUUCCACCAAGGCCAUAGAGGCAGCGAUCGCAGCACGCCAGUGGAAGAAAGCAUUGCACAUACUGGAGCAACAGGAGGACAAGACUGCCGCCAAAUAUUACCUGAAAAUAGCUCAGCACUAUGCUUCUGUACAGGAGUUUGAGGUGGCAGAACGUCUGUUUGUUAAGGGUGAUCAUACUAAAGAUGCUAUAGAUAUGUACACUCAGGCUGGGCGAUGGGAGCAAGCUCAUAAGCUUGCUGUGAAGUGCAUGUCACAAGAGGAUGUGUCUGCCCUCUACAUCAGCAGAGCACAAGAGUUAGAGAAAGAGGGGAAGUACAAAGAAGCCGAACGGCUUUUUACCACAGUAGAUGAACCAGACUUGGCCAUCACCAUGUACAAGAAGAACACAAUGUAUGAUGAUAUGAUCCGUUUAGUCGCUGUUCAUCACAAAGACCUGCUGCAGGAAACACACAUUCACGUGGCCAAGGAGCUAGAGGCUGAAUCCAGGUUUCAGGAAGCGGAGUAUCAUUACCUAGAGGGUCAAGACUGGAAAGCCGCUGUGAACAUGUACAGAGUCAAUGAUAUGUGGGAGGAAGCUUAUCGGAUAGCGAAGACCCAUGGAGGAGCCAGUGCCCAUAAGCAAGUGGCCUAUCUGUGGGCAAAAAGUCUUGGAGGAGAGGCGGCAGUUAAACUGCUCAACAAGUUUGGCUUUUUAGAAACCGCCAUUGACUUUGCAGCUGAUAACUUCACAUUUGACUUUGCAUUUGAGUUGGCCCGACUCGCAAUGAAACCGAAGAUUCCUGAUAUUCAUCUCAAAAAUGCCAUGUUCCUCGAGGACCAGGGCAAAUUCAAUGAGGCUGAGACUGAGUUCAUCAAAGCCGGGAAGCCCAAGGAGGCUGUGCUAAUGCAUGUCCAUAACAAGGACUGGAGUAAUGCCCAGAGGGUGGCAGAGGCUCAUGAUCCGGAAAGUGUGGCAGACAUUCUAGUGAGCCAGGCCAAGUUCUGUUUUGACCAGAAGGAAUUCCAAAAAGCAGAGGCCUUCCUGCUCAGGGCCCAAAGGCCUGAACUAGCUAUUAAAUACUACAAAGAUGCUGGCAUGUGGACUGAUGCAAUGCGGAUCUGUAAAGACUAUUUGCCCAGCAAGCUGAGCGUCCUUCAAAAGGAAUAUGAAAGCGAGGGCAACUGGGGUGUGGAAGGUAUGGUUGAGCAAGCUCAGGAGUGGGAACAGACAGGCGAGUAUGCCAGAGCCGUCGACUGCUAUCUGAAAGUGAAGGACUCAUCUAACAUGGACUUGCUGAUGAAGUGUUGGAUGAAGGAUGCUGGCAUGUGGACUGAUGCAAUGCGGAUCUGUAAAGACUAUUUGCCCAGCAAGCUGAGCGUCCUUCAAAAGGAAUAUGAAAGCGAGGGCAACUGGGGUGUGGAAGGUAUGGUUGAGCAAGCUCAGGAGUGGGAACAGACAGGCGAGUAUGCCAGAGCCGUCGACUGCUAUCUGAAAGUGAAGGACUCAUCUAACAUGGACUUGCUGAUGAAGUGUUGGAUGAAGGCAGCAGAAUUGGCCAUUAAAUUUUUAUCCCAUGACAAGGCUGUGGAAGUCAGUCAGGUCGUCGGGCCACGCCUGAUUCAGCUCAGAAUGUACAGCGAGGCUGCUGAGCUCUACCUCAACCUGGACCUCAUUAAGAAUGCCAUAGACGCAUUCAUUGAGGGAGAAGAAUGGAACAAAGCUAAAAGAGUGGCCAAGGAGCUCGAUCCAAGGCUGGAGGAAUAUGUGGACAAAUGCUACAAAGAGCACCUGAAAAAUCAAGGCAAAGUUGACUCUUUGGUUGGAGUAGAUGUGGUGGCUGCCCUUGACAUGUACGCUGAGAGAGGACAGUGGGAGAAAUGUAUUGACACAGCCUCAAAACAGAAUUUUAAGGUCCUGCACAAGUACAUCGCUCUGUAUGCCACUCACCUGAUCAAAGAGGGUGAGGCAGAGAAAGUACUCAACCUUUACACCCAGCAUGGCGUGCCAGCUUAUUCACAGAACUUCAACAUCUACAAGCGGAUGUUCCUGGAGCUAGUGAGCCUAAGGGACCGGGAUUGUGCGGAAGCUUAUCAGAUGUGGGCCGAUCUGAGGGACAUCCUUCUACUGCUGUGUGAAAACCUGACCAAGUCUUCAGAAGCUAAUUCUUCAGCCCAUGAAGAGUUUGAGCAGAUGCUGCUGGUUGCUCACUAUUACGCCACCCGCUCUGCAGCCAAAGGCAUUGACCAGCUGAGUUCUGUGGCGGCCAAGUUGUCCAUCUCUCUCCUGAGGCACACCGAGCUCAUUCCAGCUGACAAGGCCUUUUAUGAGGCCGGCCUGGCAGCCAAGGCUGUGGAAUGGGAGAACAUGGCUUUUAUCUUUCUUAACCGCUUCUUGGAUCUGGCUGAUGGCAUUGAUGAGGGCACAUUGGAUGCUUUAGAUCACACAGACUUCCAGGAUACAGAUAUCCCAUUUGAGGUCCCUGUACCUUCAAAGCUACAUGUCACCGUGGAGAAGAGGGAGGAGAUUAGGGAAUGGGUUUUGACUGUGUCCAUGGACCAGCGGGUGGAGCAGGUGCUGCCGAAAGAUGAGAGAGGCACGUACGAAGCUUCCCUAGUGGCAGUCGGCUCUGGCAUCCGGUCCCUGCCUUGCGUCAUCACAGGUUACCCUGUCCAGCGCAAUAAAAUUGAGUUCAAAAGACCAGGGAUGGCAGCAAAUAAAGAUGACUGGAAUAAAUUCUUGAUGGCUACAAAGACCACUCACAGUCCAGAAUGUCAGGAUGUGCUGAAAUUUAUCACACAGUGGUGCGGAGGUCUCCCGUCAGCUGGAUAUUCCUUCCGCUAAGAUCGGGGAAGGUGCACACUAUCUAUUUCUCUAUCUGUCGUCAUCCUGAUCUUCACUUCUUCGCUUUCACCUCCCAGCUGUUCUGCUUGAACAUUUAACAAGCCUUUUUCAUUCUCUUUUCCAAAAGCAAUGUUCACUUCUCGGUCAUCAUUCCCUGGCCAUUUUUUAAUAGCUGAAGUAUCAUAAGGCCAGUGCCUGAAGGUCAUUUAAUGUGUGUGUUAAAUAUGCUUGACUGCAGAAAGCCUUUGAAUAUAUCUUAAUUUGAAUAUAAUAUGUAACUAUAAUACAUAUUACACUAGUUAAUAUGAGUUGGAUAUUUUGAUAUUUAAACACUAAAUAAAAAAAUAAAAAUAAAGAUUGUCAGUGUUCUCGUGGACAUUUGUAUGAGGAUAUUUGAAAUUAAUAAUCAGCUGAAAUAAAAAUCAGAUAUGUCCAUAUUUUAUGAAUCAGAAUUAUUGUUGAACUG